CAAAGCAAAUCCUACACAGAAAAGGGGAAAAGAGAAAAAGGAAAUCACUUUUGCUUUAAACUUCAAAGACACUGCAAAAGAAACUCUCCUCUGUAUUUGUUGUAUUUUAAUUUUGAUUGUGAGAUUAUAGCAAAGGGUUCAGUUUUCAAUCUGCGUUUUUUUUAGUGUUGUUGUGAGAAAAAAAAAACUAGUUAUGGCUGAAGUUUUUGGGAAGGGAAAUCUGUUUACGACUUGUAACUAUAGUCAGACGAAGAAUCUAGAAGGUGGAACUUGUUUAGUUCCUAAGAAAAUUUCUGGGUUUUCUUUAGAAAGGAACUGUUUUUCUUCUUUAAAGGUUAAAUCUCAGGCUUUGAGAAGUGGUUUUAAUGGGCAAAGAAUGGUUUUUUUGGAGAAGAAAAGUAUGAACAGGAGAAGGUUUUGUCAAGUUCCCAUCAAAGCACAGAUGCAAAGUGGGCUUAUUGGUCGAGUUCAGAAAUGGUGGGAGAAAGGGCUUCAACCAAAUAUGAAAGAAGUUGCAUCUGCACAAGACCUAGUAGACUCUCUUUUGAAUGCUGGUGAUAAGCUUGUUGUGGUAGAUUUCUUCUCCCCUGGUUGUGGUGGUUGCAAGGCUCUUCAUCCCAAGAUUUGCCAAUUUGCAGAGAUGAAUCCAGAUGUGCAGUUUCUUCAGGUUAAUUACGAGGAGCACAAGUCAAUGUGCUAUAGCCUUAAUGUCCAUGUGCUGCCUUUCUUCCGGUUCUAUCGAGGUGCGCAGGGGCGUGUAUGCAGCUUUAGUUGUACCAAUGCCACGAUCAAAAAAUUCAGAGAUGCAUUAGCCAAACACACACCAGACCGGUGCAGCCUCAGCACGACAAAAGGGCUCGAGGAGAAGGAGCUUUUGGCAUUAUCCGCGAACAAAGACCUUUCCUUCAACUACACACCAAUUCCCACACAUGAAGAGAUUCUUAUUUGGAAACAAGCUCCAUCUGAUUCAACGAGAAAGCUCCCGCUUUCAGUCCCGACAACAUCCGCAAAACAAAGGGACAGUGAGGAGAAAACUUUGGUUGGUGUCGGAAGAUGAUGUAGUUAGGUUUUCUGCCAUUUCCAUUGCCCAGUGUACAUUCUUACAGUAUAAUUGGAGUUGCAGGGCAGUUUGGAUUUAUUUUUUGGAUCCUAGCCCUGCAUGAUUCAAGGGUAAGUUUGAAGACCAAAACUAGUGUGUAUAUUUUUGAGGUUGUCAUUUUAAUGUUCAAGGGAAAACCCCUUUUGUGAAUGUAAAAACCUUUUGGUGUUGAAAACUAGAUUACGAGUAUUUGUACUUUUUGGGGGGUAAUACGAGUAUUUGUAUUGGAUAUUUGGUAUUAAUGAUGUUUUUUUGUUGCCUUUUUGUUUUA